CGAAAAAAUAUAAAUAAAUAAAUAAAUAAGAAGGAAAAAAAGGAGGGAGAAAUUAGGGUUUGAUCUCUUCCUCUUUUUUCCUUCUUCAAAAUUUAAAACUUCCGAUCUUUUCCUCUCUCCGAAGCAGAAAACAGAGGAGAUGGGGAAAGGAUCGAAGUUCCCGCUCUCGAGAAUGGAGGCUGCGAUGGGUUUCAGCGUUGUGUUGGGCUUUGGAUUGGGGCUUUUUGGCGUUUAUUUGUCGAUGCCGGCGUCGGACUACAGCUUCCUGAAGCUGCCUCGAACCCUAGAAGAGCUUCAAAUUUUGAGGGAUCAUCUUGAGAGUUAUACAAGUGACUACACCUUUCAAGUUUUGGUGGGGUAUUGUACAGUCUACAUUUUUAUGCAGACCUUCAUGAUUCCCGGGACAAUUUUCAUGUCUCUUCUUGCUGGAGCCCUUUUUGGAGUUUUCCGUGGUGUAGCUCUGGUAGUCUUUGCUGCCACAGCUGGUGCAUCUUCCUGCUUUUUCCUGUCGAAGUUGAUUGGGAGGCCGUUAGUUUUCUCGAUGUGGCCUGAUAAACUGAGCUUUUUUCAAGCCCAGGUUGCUAAAAGAAGACAGAAGCUAUUGAACUACAUGGUUUUCCUCAGAGUUACCCCUACAUUGCCAAAUACUUUUAUCAAUGUAGCUUCACCUAUUGUGGAUAUACCAUACCCUGUAUUUUUGUUGGCGACCAUGAUCGGCCUCAUCCCAGCCAGUUUUGUGACAGUAAAGGCGGGCAUUGCGCUUGGCGAUUUGAAAUCACUGGGUGACCUUUAUGAUGUUCAAUCCAUAGCUACACUUUUCCUCAUCGGCAUCGUCUCGGUGACUCCAACGCUAAUAAGCAAGAAUCAAGAAGAAGGGUGCGAAACAAGAUUGAGACCCAAGAACAACUGAUUGCAUGCAUUGUUAGGUGUGCAACCCUCUGUACAUAAUAGUGUUGCCAUUGUUAGCUACCAAAAAUCUGAUUGUUUAUUGGGUGAUUGGAAUUGGUUGGUCUUGAUCUUUUAAUAGGCCAUGGAUGCUUCGAUUCUUUGUGUGAAAUUGUUUCAUUCAAAUGUACGGUCUCUUGUUACACUGUAGAUGCCAACACUAGGCAGGUUCAUUGGGUUAAUUUUAGUGAGUAGUUAUGUUCA